AUGAGUCAUCAAGAAGGAUUGUCUUCCGAUCCCUCACUUCCGGUUACAGUACCAUCAGAGGAGUCGAGGCCAAGUGAUCAGGAGGCCGAAAAUGCCAACAAUAUUGAAAGGACAAGAAGAUUUCAAUUCCUUGACAUAUAUGUUCCCCUCUAUCAAGCCGCCCUUAAAGGCGAUUGGCAUGCUGCGAAGGCUAUACUUGAGAAAUAUCCGGAUGCCAUUCGAAAUCCCAUAACAAAAGCGAAUGACACAGCUCUUCACAUUGCAACACUAGCAGAGCGCGCCAGUUUCGUAAGAGAGCUGGUAAAACGGAUGAAUCCGGCAGAUUUAGAACUGACAAAUAGACAAGAAAAUACGGCCAUUUGCUUCGCUGCUGCAUCAGGAAUUGUGGCAAUUGCUGAGGAGAUGGUGAAUAAAAAUGGUAAACUGCCACUGAUUCGUGGUAGUAACAAAAUGACACCACUUUACAUGGCAGCUUUGCAAGGACGUAGAGACAUGGUGUCUUAUCUUUAUUCUGUCACUGAUUUUGAACAAUUGACUUCUUCAGAACGCAUUGAUAUCCUUGUUGCUUCUAUUUCCGCCGAUUUUUAUGAUAUAGCGUUGGAAAUUCUGAAGAAGUAUCCAGAAUUAGCAACUAUGAAGACUUCAUAUCAUGGGAUGAUAGCAUUGCAAGAGUUAGCCAAUAAACCUUUUGCAAUUGGUAGCAAGAAUCAGCUAUCAGUCUGGGAAAGAUCCUUGAACUACUGUAAGUACUUCACCUAA